GGAUAGCUUGAAGUGAUCAAUCUCUUCAUUCAAAAAAAAAAAAAAAUUUUCUAAGUCAUGGGAAUUGCUCCACAUCCUCUCCUUGUGUCCCUUAGUUUGAAGGGCAGGGUGCUACAAGACGAGGAGGUGCUGAAAGCCAGAAGAAAACUGAAAGUCAUGAAGAGAAAGGUGGUCAAGUGCAGGAGGUCCAGGAGGGUUUUGAAGAAGAGGAGGGCGUGUGUAGAAGGUGCUAGAAGGCCGACCAGCACCAUUGAAAGAAAGAUCAGAACUCUUAAGAAGUUGAUUCCAAGCAGUGAAGGGAUGGAAUUGGACGGAUUAUUCAGAGAGGCAGCGGAAUAUAUUCAGUCACUGGAAAUGAGAGUCAAAGUGAUGCAAAUCAUGGUAAAGGUAUUGACAGGUUCUAAUGAUGAGUAAUUAGAAAUUUUGUAAAUUGUAAGGUUCAUAACAUUCUUUUUUAUUUAUUUUUCUCAAUUGGUUUUUCUUCUGGUUUUCCUAUAGUCAUUUAUAGGAUCGAGCUUGUAUUAAUUAUGUGUCCAAAUAUAUAUGAAUUCAUGUU